AUGAACAUUGGUGAUGCAGCUGCAGGUCCACUAUGUGAUGCCCUGGCCCAGAAAAACCCUGACACAGGUGCCUUCUCCUGUCGCCCACCGUACUCCCCCACUUUACUGAGAUCAGAAGUCAGACAGCAGGGUUAUACUUCGUACGACUGCUAUGCGGAAACCUAUACUUGUGGGCUUUUCUGGCUUUCAGACUGUGUUAAACAAGGGUGUCAAGACAACUACCAUGUUCGCUCCGCUCGCAUCAACACCUACUGGUGCUCUGUGAACGGACAGGCCCCAGAAAACUCAGGGUUUCUCUUUGGAGGCAUUUACAGCCCCUCUCUCCUGAACCCCCUCACAAAUGCCAAAAGGUGUCCCGCAAACUUCAUUCCACUAAAGUUUCUCUCGGAUGGCCAAAUGAUUUGUGUGAGUAACGACUAUGAAACUGCCACCAGAUUCUCAGUACCAUUUGGAGGCCUCUUCAGUUGUGAGGCAAGCAACCUACUGGCAGGGUCCCAACGUCGCUGCCCUCCCAGGUUCAGCCAGCAUCUCGCCACGGUGAGCGACGGCUGUGAAAUUCUUUACUGUGUCCAGUCAGGACUGUUCACAGGUGGAGAGCUGAAGCCAAUCCGUCUGCCUCCUUUCACUAAUGCUCCACUUGUCAGCAUGCAGUCCACAAACACGGUUAUGGUGAUGACUGAAGAAGACAAGACCUGGGUCAGAGUGGGGAAGACCAAGGCAUGGAAACUGGCCAAACCAGAGGAAAUCCGGGAAAUGGUGCGCCAGUUUAACCCAGAAUUGAGUCAGAUGUCUAGUGGAGAAAAGGCAGGAGUAGCCGUUGGGGUGAUGGGUUUGAUGGCACUGGUGGUCAUAGUGGUAGCAGUCAUGGUGAAAUGGAGGAGGAGGGUGUCUGGGUUUGUGAGAGCUCGAGGCUAUGAGGAAAUACACCAGGAGGUAGAGCAUGAAGGAGAGACGGAAACACUGCAUGCUUAAAAAUCGGCAUUCAUUAUUGUUGUGUGAAAUGUAUUUAACCAAUUAGUAAUUCACAUAGCUGCAUUAGAACAAGUGAUAUGAAUUGUAAAUGUCUGAGUUAAACAACACAUUUAUUGGUAGCAUGAUAUGUACUUUAAGCUGUUGUUUACCAUAAGUUUGUAUUUUGCAGUUACACUCCUGAGACAACAUGUCAUGUAAAAAGCAGCAAACUGCCUUUGAAACCAACUGGCAAAAAGCAGAAGUGCUUUACUGCCCUGAGGCCAAGAUGCACAAAGCAGUGUAGUAUACAAACAUUUCAAAUACUUCUGUAAAAAACCUAUUGUAUAAACGGUAAAUUGAAAUAAAACAUUCAAUUCUUAAACGGAGGAUAGAACUGAAUGUUUUAUUUGAAUGUUCCAUUUAUACAAUAUGUUGCUGAUGUAUCUGUGUUAACAGAUGAUUGAUUAGAAUUUUGCAAGGUCUCUCUUUUUUAAUUUCAGCAAAUUAAGCAUUAUUUCUUGUAUUUUUGUACCUUGCGAUUAAAAUUGACUUU